GGGGGAGAGGGACAGUCAGAGGCAUACAGAGAGAGAGAGAGAGAGAUGCUGAGCUUCGAUUUCCUGUGAUGAAAACCAGGCAGCAGUAUUAAUACUGAGAACACCAUCGACAGAAAAAACCUCCUCUCUACAUGAUACAGAGUCUCUUUACAUGUGUGUAUGAGAGAGAAAGAGACAGAGAGAGAGAGAGAGAGAGAGAGAGAGAGAGAGGAUGGUGGAAACCAAUUUUUUCCAGUAUUGAAAACCAGGCAGCGGUAUUAAUGUGUCUUUGUGUGGUAGUUAGUGCAGCCAAUUUAUUUCACGAGACAUCACUGAACCAAGAUGGACGCACAAGAAAAUAACAUCCCGGGAAUUACUGGAGAGGAUCUUUGGACUGGGUUCUCUGGAUAAUGUGCUGAUGGAGUUUGUAAAUAACGAAGAGAGACGGAGUCCAGACGGGGCUGAGAACAGCACAGUACCGUCAGGCCCCUUGCAUCCUCAGGAGUCGCGCCCCCAGCGGAAGAAGCUGUCAGCCCCGCCCAUCAGCCUCUCUCUGGACCAGAGUGAUGGAUCGCUGCUGUCCGACGAGUCUGGAGCCUUAGAGACGCCCGACGACCUGGACAUCAACGUGGAUGACCUGGACACGCCUGACGAGGAAGAAUUUCUGGAUUACGCUGGACGCAAGUUGGAGUGGAAGGAGUAUCAGGCCUCCAAUCAGACAGUGGGGAAAGAGGCAAAUGAAGCCUUCCCAGCAUGCAGUGCAGAGGAAGAGGAUCGUCAGGACUCUCGGCUGUGGAGGACUGUUGUCAUUGGAGAGCAGGAGCACCGCAUCAACAUGAAGAUCAUCGAGCCCUUCCAGAAAGUUCUCUCACACGGAGGUUACUAUGGAAACGGGCUCAAUGCGAUCAUCGUGUUUGCGGCGUGUUUCCUCCCAGACAGCGACAGGGAGGACUACCAUAGUGUGAUGGAGAACCUGUUCCUGUAUGUGAUCAGCACGCUGGAGCUGAUGGUGGCUGAGGACUACAUGAUCGUUUACCUGAAUGGAGCCACACCCCACCGGAGGAUGCCUGGGCUGAGCUGGCUGAAGAAGUGCUACCACAUGAUAGACCGCAGACUCAGGAAGACUCUGAAAUCCUUUAUCAUCGUUCACCCCUCCUGGUUCAUCAGGACCAUUUUAGCAGUGACCAGACCCUUCAUCAGCACCAAGUUCAGCAGUAAGAUUAAGUAUGUGGACAGCCUGGCUGAACUGAGUGAGCUCGUGCCCAUGGAGGGAAUACACAUCCCCCAGAGCAUCAUCAGACUGGACGAGGAGCUGAAAGAGGCAGCAGAAAAUUCAAAAUACAGCAGCUUCCUGGGAGGAACAGAGCCUUCUGUUCAAGUGCCUCCAGAGGAGGAGAAAACCAAUGUGUGAAGCUCAAGUUAGUGUUCAGUUGUGGCUACUCUAGCAUGUGAUCGCAGCCUACUAAGGAAGUACUUAACUACCUACGGCCUGCAUACUGUCCACAUAUUUGUAUUUACAUUCUUUAGAUAGGACCUGAACUAUUAUAUGUACAUUUUGUGAAUGGAAGAUUUUAUUUGAUAUUUAAACAAGAAAUCUCAAUCAAAUUGACAUUCAUACAGAUUUUGCCAUAGAACGUAGACAAAGAAAUGUUUAAAACCAUCAUACAACUUUUAUAGGUAGUUCUUACACAUUUUGGUUUACCUUUUUUUAAGUAGCAAGUGUAGGUGCUGCAAAAUGAUGUCAUUCCUUAAAGAUCUAAGCUGAAAUACACAUGUAUACACCUGUAUUUAUUUUAUUUGUUGUAGAACUCCAGUGACCCGUGUUCCACAACCCCAAUGCACCCAUUUUCCCCGCUCUUUCUGCUCAAAUUUGGACAUAAAUCCUGUUCAGUGUUUAAUGUUUCCUCCAUAUAAUGCAAUAAACCAUGCUCAGUGUUUUAACUAUUUUAGACUCAUUUCAGACAUUCUGCAAAAAUAUGGAAUCUUCAUCAAUAUGCAACCUUUUUUGCUUGAAAGACUAAGAUGUCGAGAUGUUCUGUCAAAUUCUGUAAUCCUGUUGACACAGUACUGUCUGACCCUGGGCCCUGUCACUGGCUGAUGGUGCCUGGCCUUGGGCCCUGUCACUGGCUGAUGGUGCCUGGGAUGCUGCUGCUGUAGUUGGCUUUCUCCUGCCCAGCGUGGGGUGGUUUAAAGGCAGACUGUGCAGGAUUUUUAGCCUUGAUGCGGUCCUCUGUUUACAACCAAAGAACCUCAUCCCAUCCACUCACCGCCAUGUUUAUAUUUCAGAUUUCACUGUUUUUAUGUUUUUCAUCUUGAUAUAUCCGAUAGCUAUCGCCAGCGAGGAAAAAGUCUACUUUGCUGAACCUUUGGUUUCUUCACUCACAGCAUUGCAGUAGCUAGAACCCUGACCCUGACCCCACCCACAGGCUCUGUAGCCACACCCACCCCUCCACACACAAAAAAGAGCACCACGCUCAGAAAUGUCCCAAACAUAUCUCACAAUAACAAAUACAUGUAAUGCCUUGGCAUGAUUACUUUUCAAGGUUGAAAUCCUGCAUAGUAUGCCUUUAAGUUAGAGCUCCUCACAUGACCACUAAGCUCCUUCCAGCAACAUGCCAGACUCCCAUAGGCUCACAAUUGUCCUCAGUUCGGUGAGAGAUAAACUUAUUUCCGUACUAGCAGCCCACUCCUGUAGCACUUUGUGGCCUGCAGGAUGUAAAACAGUCUGUGGCUCAUCAGUGAGUGUAUUAAAGGUGAGCACUCCUGUUUCGGCUGCAAUGUUCCGGGUGUGGAUGGCCAUGACUCAGAAAAUAGAUUGCUUGCUACAAUGCUUGUAAUACAUCCCCUUGCCUCCCCUAUCUUUCCUUUUUAAAAUCUAUCUGUAUGUCUGUCCAUUUGUCUGUCUACACACAGGUCGCCAGGAUUCACACUUGUCCUAUUCCUUGCACAAAACAGGAAGUGGCAUGUAAUGCAUGAAAAAAUAAGAUAUAAAGCACAAUAUUUGAACCCUGUAUGCAGAUUUUAAAUUAACUUUUUAUUUUUAUAGUAUCAGUAUUGUUUUUUGAGUCUCAAGUUUUUCCAGGAGUCGGAAUAGAAAUGCAGUAUAUAUUAAUGUAAACUGUUUCAAUAAAUGUCUUGUUACAUA